UUGAUCCCGUCUUUUAACUAUGUUUUGGAAAAGCGUGUAAAAAUGUGUGGUCGUACAGCUUGUACCCUAGACCCAGAUGGUCUAACCAAGGCAUGUCAGUACAAGGAUAAGAAUGGGAAUAAAAGGCAACCAAAGUGGAAAAGCAACGAUUCCCAGAAAUAUUAUCCCUCGUAUAAUAUAAGUCCACAAUCCUACACACCUGUUCUAGUAUCCUGUAAAACUGGAUCUCGAAGCAUGAAGCAAGAAUUCCCUGAUGAGGAGAGAGAGCUUCAAGCUAUGAAAUGGGGUCUUGUUCCCUCGUGGCAUAGAGGUGAUCCCGCCUCAUUUGGAUACAAAAUGAACAACGCUAGAAUUGAGUCCAUCACUGAGAAAAAAUCUUUUAAAGGGGCUUUAGAAAAGGGAAGAAGAUGUGUGGUGCUUGCUGAAGGUUUCUAUGAAUGGCAGGAGGUAAAAAGUGGUGGUCCAAAGCAGCCAUAUUUCAUUUACUUCAAAGAUAAUAUGAAAAGUAAAGGGAGUGAUGAAGCUAAUAAUGAUGGGAUAAAACCAGCAAGACCAUUGUUGACUAUGGCGGGAAUAUUUGAUGUUUGGCAAUCAUCCUUGGGAGAAGAGCCAUUGUAUAGUUAUUCUGUGAUAACUCUUGAAGCGAAGCCUCCGUUUAGAAGUAUCCAUCAUAGAGUGCCAGCAAUUUUGAAGGAUGAAGAUGCUGUUAGGCAGUGGCUGGAUUGUAGUGAAAUAAAGUAUGAACAGGCCCUGAAACUUCUUUCCACCGAUGAUUGUCUGGCCUGGCAUCCUGUUUCGAAAGCUGUCAGCAACUCAAGAUAUAAAGAGGCAGACUGUAUUAAAGAAAUUGACUUAACACUCGAAGAGAAAAAGGCGCAAAAAAGUAAAAUAACAAAUUGGUUUAAAACAUCACCAAAAAAGAGAGAAUCCUCAGGCAGCAUAGAAGAACCAGCAUCAAAAAAGGAAAAGUUGGAUAAUUGAUAAGAUAGGUGAAAAUGUAUAGACUGUAGUUGAGUUUGCUUUGGACCCGUUUAUUAAUUAUAAGCAUCAAGACCAUUUUCCACGGCAAGUUUUCGCCCGUAAGCGAUAAGCGGUUACAGGAAAGAAACCGACCUCACUCAUCAGGUUGUCCAAAGGCAAAACUCUGCGAAACUGACUGGUAAUGUGGAAAUUUCGAUUUACAACGAUAACCAAGGACCUGUUUACUAAGGCAUUAUUUCAAAAUUCGAGACGGCGAAAUUUCUAAAGGAUGAUACUCCUAACUAUUGCAUUGGACUAAUAGACGAGAACUCUUCCUUGAGCGCUUAGGCGGCUUAGAGUUUAAUUCUAGGACAACCUUAUUUGAGCCACUUGGCAAAGAAAAAUGCAAUUGAAAAAGGCUUUGUAAUAGACCAACAUUCAAAAUUUUGCCAUUGACAUUAAGGCCUGACGAGCCUGUCAGUGAUCUCACGUAGUGAAAAUGCGCGAGUAGAACCGAGUGAGUGCUAUGAAGAAAAAACAAUAGAACCCGAGCUUUGGAAAGGGUGAUUGACGUAAUAACUACAGCUGUGAAACUCGCAAUCUGCUUGAGUCGACAGCCGUGUCAAUGGGACACUUUCUUAUGUAGAGAAUUCCAUGUCUGAUGCCCUCACGUUUUUAACAAAGGUUUUAAACAAUGUCUCACUGUAGUGAUUCUAUAAAACAAUUAUAACCAAUGGUCCUUCUGCACCGUGGAUGUUGCAAAAUUGCUGAGAAACUAUUUACUAAAAAUACUAUUGUAUUUAGAGGAAUUG